AGCAACAAAAUAUACAAUUUUCAUUACACACAGAACUUGUUCUAAUCUCUCUCUCUCUCUCUGUUGUUCUUUUUUUCUUUUCUACGAAUUUUAUAUAAUACGACAGAGACACACACAAUUCACAAAACACUGUGUAUUAUUUAUCUUUGCUUCUCUCUUCUUCUUUCUCUCUUCCUUCCUUCUCUCUCUACAGAGUAAAGUUCUGAUCGUGUCUCUUAUCGUUUAUCCAAAAACCCUUGUUUGAUCUCCUUUCUUGUUUUCUUCUGCCCCUCUCAAGAUUUUUGUUUCCUCCCAAGUUUUCAGGUUACGGUGAAGAUUGUUUCCAAUUUUAAAGCAUGUACCUUUAGGUUAGCAAAUUAGGCCUUUUUGUUUCUCCAGCGGGUAGAAAGGACUUUCAUUUUAUUUGUUACUUGUGAGAAUUAGUCACAUAAUCUCUGCUCUUGUAAAGGUAGGAUAGGGUUUUACUAGUAAAAAAAAGAUUGCAACUUUGUGAUGGGUAAUAAGUUAGGAAGGAAGAGGCAAGUGGUGGAAGAAAGGUAUACAAAGCCACAAGGUUUGUAUGUGAAUAAAGAUGUCGACAUUAAAAAGCUCAGAAAACUGAUUGUAGAGUCUAAGCUUGCUCCUUGCUAUCCUGGAGACGAUGAGAGCUGCCAUGAUCUUGAAGAAUGUCCUAUUUGUUUUCUGUACUAUCCUAGCCUCAAUAGAUCAAGAUGUUGCAUGAAAAGCAUUUGUACAGAGUGUUUCUUACAAAUGAAGAAUCCUAAUUCAGCUCGGCCUACUCAAUGCCCAUUUUGUAAAACACCCAAUUAUGCUGUUGAGUACCGUGGAGUAAAGUCAAAGGAGGAAAAGGGCAUUGAACAAGUUGAAGAGCAACGGGUUAUAGAAGCCAAGAUAAGGAUUAGGCAGAAGGAAAUGCAGGAUGAUGAAGAGAAAAUGCAGAAACGUCUUGAAUCAUGUUCCUCUAGCACAAGCGCAAUGACUGGCGAGAUGGAAUAUGGUUCAGCUUCAGCUGUAUCUUAUAAUUCACCCAUGGAUGAAGGGGAAACUGCUUCAUCGCAGAACGCGUCAGCUGUUAGACAGCAUUCUCGUCCUCGGGGAAACAGGGAUGACGAGGUUGACGUUGACCUUGAAGAGUUAAUGGUAAUGGAAGCAAUAUGGCUCUCCGUUCAGGAAACUGGGACGCAGAGAAAUUCAGCUUCAGGGGAAAUGACUUCUUCUAGGCAGUAUGAAACAGAAGAUCAUAGUUAUGUUUCUCAACCACCACCAAUGGCUUCAACUGUAGAACCAGCAAUGCCGUCUUCAUCAUCAUCUGGUGGGAUUACUUGUGCAAUCGCGGCACUUGCUGAACGCCAAAUGGUUGGCGAAUCCUCCAAUCACAAUCACAAUGUCAACGUUUCCUCAUACAGUAUGCUUCCUGGAAACUGUGACAGUUACUACGACAUAGAACAAGAGGUAGAUGACAUUGGCAACCAUCAUCAUCAUCAUCAACAACAACAUUACCAUAACAACACCGAGAUGGGAGAAACAGGAAGCAGCAACAACUAUGUAAGUUCAUACAUGACCGGCGAGAGCUUCCACAACUUUCCUCCUCCUCCUCCUCUUGUCAUUGUUCCAGAGAGUUUUGAGGAGCAAAUGAUGAUGGCUAUGGCUGUGUCUUUAGCAGAGGUUCAUGCCACAACCACAAGUGCAUCAACUGAAGUUACAUGGCAAUGAAUAGGGUAAUAAUGGAAACUCAUGGGUCUGGAUGUGAUGAUUACCUUACCUUAAAUUCAUCAUAUAAAUGUCUUGUUCCUAUAGGAAGAAAGAAAAGAAAAGAAAAGAAAGACAGAUGAGAUGAUUUCAAGUUUUAAUAGAAAAGGGUUGUGUUCAACCUUCUUUAUGUUGUUAUA